GCAGCACCCCAAGUGUCCGCGCUGGGCCUGUCCACCUGUCGCCGGCGCAGAGGCGAGCACGCGCUGGGGGGCCUUUCCGAGCCUCCCCAAGUGUCCCCCCACCUUGAGUCCUCCCAGUGGGCAAGGAGGGCCGUUCUGUGGUCUAGCGGGAAGACCUUUUAAUCCAUACAUCUAAGUUAGAGGGCAAUUAACUGGCCGGCCAUCGCACCCCGCUCAGCUGGGGGGUGCUGGAGAGGUGGGGGUGCCGGGCGAGCCGGGGGCGAGGCGCUAGCCCGGGUGGCGUGUUCCGGAACCUAUCAUUCGAAUUAGCCGAGUCAGGCAGAGAGGGGGCGGGGAGCGCUUCCGCCCUCGCUAGGAGGGGCUGCAUUGCAGGGGAGACCCGGCGGCCGCCUCUGUCACAGACGAGGGAGAAGGCGUGAGGAGACAAAGCCGCCUCGUCCCCCCAGCGGGCUUCCUUCGGCAGCCUCCUCCUCCUCCUCUCCGGGCCAGAACCGACCCCCGAGCCCCUGAGGCAUCCCCUCCGUCUUCGGAACACGCUAGUCAUUCAUUGGUAACAGGGAAGUAUGAGGGACCCUGUGAGUAGCCAGUACAGCUCCUUUCUGUUCUGGAGGAUGCCCAUCCCAGAACUGGAUCUGUCGGAACUAGAAGGCCUGGGCCUGUCGGAUACAUCCACCUACAAGAGCAAGGACGACAGCGUUGGCCAGACGGGCGCUCAGUCGACCGGAGCGGAGCAGAACAACCCUGGAGGUGACCCCCUCCUCGCGUACAGCACCUUCAACUUCUGGAGAGCUCCCAUUGCCAGCAUCCACUCCAUCGACUUGGACUUGCUUUAAGGCCAAAACGUCUCUCUCCCGCCCCUUACCCCAUUGCUGUCCCUUUUCAGCCCCUUCCUUUCUCAGCCUUUCCCGGUUUAAUCGUGUUCUCUUCCCUCUCCUGUGCUGGUGGUGCCGAUGAAUCUGCCAAUUGAACUGUA